AUGUCCACUCGUAGAUCAUCGAGGGCUCGACCAACAAACCUGCCGCCGCGCACACAGAACGCUUCCAACACCAUCUCCUCUCUGGCAUCAUCAACUCGACCCGAGCGGACCAUGAGGGCAACUGGUAACAAGCAGUCUUCUCCUCAAAAGGACAGUUCCCGCUCCCUCUCUUCCGAGGAGCUGCACGCGCCGCCGCUCACCCGCCGUCGCACCCGCGAGCAGGAACCCGACGAACCGGACUCACCGAACGUGGAUGACACACUCAUAGAUGAGGAAGACGAGCAGGAAGUCACACGCUGUGUGUGCACUUUCCUGGAAUACCCAGGCCCACCGUCUGUGGGUGGCAGGUCCAAGGACGGUCCCCUGGCCGACGCUGCUGCUCAGAGCGAUGAGUCUGCAUGGUUCAUUCAGUGCGAUAUCUGUAAGUGUCACGUCUGGCAACAUGGUCAAUGUGUUGGCAUUCCUAAUGAGGCGUCCAGUCCUGAUAACUAUUUCUGUGAGGAGUGUCGGAGGGACCUACACAAGGUGAUGACGGAUUCUAAAGGACAGAAGUAUUCGCGCUACCUCCCCUUCUAUGAAUCUGUGCAUGGAAAAACCAGAAGGGCGUCACCGAAGGACGCCGACACGCGAUCGGGGCGAGAAAAGGAGCGGAACGCGCGGCCAAACGCAGACUCCCUGGGCAAGCGCCGAUCCACAAUGAACAGUCGGGCAGCAUAUGAUGAAGACGAAGUGUUGAGGAAGGUCUUGGAGGAGAGUAAACACGAGGGAGGACCAGCGGUACAGUCGGAGAAUGGCAGCCGAAGAAAGAGGAGCCGCGACGACAGCGAAGAGGUCAAACCGGAGGUCAAACGGCAGCGAACAGGCUCCCGAUCCGCAAGCAACUCUCCUGCCGUUGAAACGGACGACGAAUCCCACAAACAUACCACCACGAAACAAAAGCCGCGUGGGGCGGCCGCCCGUAGCAAGCGCGAGAAAGAGCUUCGCGAAAAGGAACGCGAACGUGAACGGCAAGAAGCUGCCAAUCGACGCAAAGGCAGAGCUGAGCGGAGAAAGCAGGAAGAACCGGAAGCAAUAGAGGCUGCUCCAAGUGAGGAUAUGCCUCCCCCCGCGCCGACCCCCUCUGCAUCCGCCCCACCAGAGACUCCCAUUGCCGACCUUAAGCCGGCACCUGCUCCUAGGAAAACCGGAAGACCGGGCCAGAAGCGUCAAGGCCGGCUCGGACGCAACCAGUAUAGCAAAGACGGUCAGUCGACUACCACAAAUGGAGCCUCUCCUCCGACAAAUGGAGACUGCCCCAAUUCCCCUCAGACGGGCGGCACAAACGGUGUGAACAACGAUAGCAGUGACGGAACAAGUGGGCAGAAGCCUACGAAGAAGAACCGACGCUUCGAUAAGCUCUCCUGGAACGAUAUAAAAAGGCCUGCAGGCGCCAUGCAAAGCUUCAUUGCACAACGGGAGGUGGAACUUGCAGUCGAGAAGAGCCUCCCUCUGCCGGCGGUGCAGCUGCCAUCCAAGAACUCGGCGGAACAAAGUCCUGGAGAACCGGACGAACUGGAAGAGUUUAGAAAGCUGAGCACGUUGGAGAUGAUGGACAAUCUGAGCCGGGAACUGGCUCACUGGCAACAGAUGGUGGCGAAUGUCACCGCGUAAGACGAUUCGCAUAUCAGCAGGGUCGAUGCCAAUCGCCUUUCCCUUUGUAUCGAAUUCGCACAAACAACAAAUGGCGAGGAAUCCUCCUUUAGCAUCUCGGAGUUCCGGCAUGGGUAUGGGCGCGUAUAUGGGCACUGCAUCAUGGAAUACCCUCCGCUUUGUUUUCUCUUUUCUCUACAUCGCUGCUAGCAGCGAUCAGUCGGCCAUGAGCAUAAUAACGCUUCGACCUGGGCCUGUUCUUUUAGGGAUUAUCUGUCUCCUCUAAUCUGGAGGAUUUCAGGGAGUUGGGCCAGUAGCAUGGGUUCUGGAUUUUUUCUUGGGAGGAAUAGUGUAUAUCAGACAAUCAGAUGAAAUCUCCAUCCUCUGGUG